GUGUGUGUGUGUGUGUGUGUGUGGUGAAGUGAUAGGCGUGACCUGAGGCGCACAGAAAGCUCCAGCACUGCUGUCAUACUCCACUCUCCAGCACUGCGUGCGCGGAUGACCCUCUCCACAGCAGCACACAGAAGAAGCGCCUCGCAUCAAGCGCAUUAUGCGUCUCCUCAGCUCUCCUCCUAACAUCUCCAGGCAGUAGAUCGCUCCUCGACUCCAGCAGACGCGACCAUGGCUGAAGGGGACAGCGCGAACUUCAGCGUGCUGAGCUGGGAGCAGGUCCAGCGGCUGGACCUCAUCCUGACCGAGAGCAUCCCGAUCCACGGCCGAGGAAACUUCCCGACGCUGCAGAUGAAGCCCCGGCGGAUCGUGACGGCGGUGCGGAGCCGCAUGCGGGAGCAGCGCAUCCAUGUGCGGGACGUGCGUCUCAACGGAUCCGCCGCCAGCCACGUCCUGCACGGGGACAGCGGGCUCGGCUACAAGGACCUGGACCUCAUAUUCCGCGUGGACCUGAAGGGAGAGACGGAGUUCCAGAUCGUCAAGAACAUCGUGCUGGACUGUCUGCUGGACUUCUUACCUGAUGGGGUCAAUAAAGAGAAAAUCACCCCACUGACCCUGAAGGAAGCAUAUGUGCAGAAGAUGGUGAAAGUGUGCAAUGAUUCGGACCGCUGGAGUCUCAUCUCUCUCUCCAACAACCGGGGCAAAAACGUGGAGCUCAAGUUCGUGGACUCCUUGCGCCGGCAGUUCGAGUUUAGCGUCGAUUCUUUCCAGAUUAAGCUGGACUCUCUGCUGCUUUUCUACGAGUGCUCAGAGAACCCCAUGGCCAAAACGUUUCACCCCACCAUCAUCGGCGAGAGCGUGUACGGAGACUUCGCCACCGCGCUGGACCACUUGCGCAACAAGGUGAUCUGCACGAGGAACCCAGAGGAGAUCCGAGGAGGCGGCCUCCUGAAAUACUGCCAUCUUCUGGUCAGGGGUUUCCGAGCCGCCUCCGAGUCGGAGAUGAAGUGUCUCCAGCGCUACAUGUGCUCCCGCUUCUUCAUCGACUUCUCGGACAUCAGCGAACAGCAGCGCAAGCUGGAGUCUUAUCUCCAGAACCACUUUGUGGGCUUGGAGGACCGCAAGUACGAUUAUCUGACGACGCUGCACGGGGUGGUGAACGAGAGCACGGUGUGUCUGAUGGGACACGAGCGGAGGCAGGCCCUUGGGCUGAUCGCCAUGCUAGCGGUGCGCGUGUUGGCCGAGCAGAACGUCAUACCCAACGUGGCCAACGUCACUUGCUAUUACCAGCCUGCUCCUUAUGUAGCAGAUGGUAACUUUAGCAAUUAUUACAUUGCCCAAGUCCAGCCAGUCUUUACCUGCCAUCAGCAAACUUACUCCACAUGGCUACCGUGCAACUGAACACCAAAAAAGAUGAGCUGAAUCAUUGCAUUGUUGAAUUUGUUUCGCAACUGACCCUGUGUGUGAUCGUCCACUUCCCCAAUGUGCAUCGAUGCUUGAGUGAAAUGAAUGGGGUUUGACCGUUAUCUCAAAUGAGUUUGGAAGGCAACUUCUGCUCUACCUUGCCUAAUUCUCGGCCGAUCUUGAGGUUUUACACUUGCUAACAGUUCUCUUGUGUGUUUCUGACUGGUUGACACAUUGAAUCCCAGUCGUUAGAUGCAUGAGAAGAGAUGUGCAAGGUUUUGGAAAGCUGCGGUUGCACCCUUUAGUCCAAAUGGAAACUGAUGUAUUGAUAAGAACCUUUAACAAAGAUUCUCUGAAUGAGGCGAAGAAGUUAAAAACCAACAAUUACAAUUUUGUACAAACCAAAGAUUUUAAGACUGUAUUUUUAUACUACCCAGACUAUCAGCUGAUGUGAUAGUGCUGUCUAUAUUUGUACAUGUGAAUGCAUUCGAAGUGCCUAACGUCAAUGCAGUACGCCGAGGUGAGCAAAGCAACCUCAAAAUCGCGACACACGACAAAGAGACUUAAAGCUCGUGAAUGUACAUGAUGUGUCCUGAUUUACAAAACAAGGAUAAGUGUCCUAUUUGUUUGCAGGUCAGUCUCUGUCUAUUAAUUGAACUCUUAAUCAUUUCCACAGCUUUGAGAACCAUCUUUUAGUUCAGUCCACAUUUGAGCCGGCUUUACAGCAAACCUUGUGAUCCAGGUGAGAGUUGAAUGCGGUCUGAAAACAAAGAAAACACUUGUUUUGGGGACGAGAGCAAAGUUUGUUUCCGGACUUUUUAGAUGAAGGGUGUUUGCAGAAGCACUUCUGAUAGCGGGACGCUGUUUGCUGUAACAUCCGAGCAGGGAAUUCAACAGCUCCUGCUGAAGUAAACCCCGCUGUGUUCCUGCUCUCCCGGCACAGCUGAACCUGACCCCGCGUUCACCCGCUGUUAACAGAGUGUUAACCUGUUCUUGAUUAAUAGCGCUGCGGAAGGAAGCAGGCGGGGCUGUGGCAUAUAUGUUUAGACUUGACAGAGAGACUUGAGAGGGAAGAGGAAAGCGAGAGUGUGAGGGAAAGCGAGACGCAGACGAGAGCGAGGGAGCGAGGGAGGGAGGGAGGGCUGGAGAGAUGGGUGCAGCUGGUGAAGGGGUUUAUCUCCUUCCACAAAUGUCUUUUAAUCAACACAGCUUCUUUCAUUACUAUGGGCAAUUUGACUAAACAGAUUUAAUAGGACUGAGAAGCACAGAUCAGUGUCGCUUCACUGGAAUGCAAACUUUGCAGUCAAGUUUCCAAUAUUCCUCAUAUCACAGCAUGCAUCUGAAGUGUGCUCAACUGUAGACAAUUCGGCUUUAUAAAGAUGAACUCGGCAAAAAAUAAGGAAUGGAACACGGAAUUCUGAAUGAGAUUUUCAAGGGUCAUAUAUUUUCUUUUUUAUUGAGAUCAACUCAUAGUAUUUUAGCUUCUGUUUUUCAACCACUUCCUGAUCUUUAGAGGCGAGAGACUUCACUUCAUGUCGAACCCUGCGCUCUGUGCAGCUCAUGCACACGAUUAGAGUUUGCUGUCAGGUCCAGUGUUCAUUUAACUGCGUACUCUUUGUGUUUCCGAUCACACAGUGGACAUCACUGAUGUGUGAAUAAUGUAUUCAUCUGUCUGUUAUGAGAAAUUUGUGGAUGUUUAGUCUGAAUAAAUAUUCCUUUUGAACUGGGAAGCAAGUUUUGAUUUAUAAAAUCUAAAAGUAUGUCUAUUUCCAAAUCUAUUUGUCGAGCAAAUCUGAAUUAAAAUAUUUAUCUUGAGGUACACUCCUGAGUUUUUAAAUGAAUAUUUUAAUAAUUACAACAAUAUUAGUAACCCAGUUGUAUGUACAUGGUUUUCUGAUGUUAGUUAAUUGUCACAUGACAUGCAGCUAAACAACACAAACUGUCUUUUUUAAGUGCUUUGUUUGCAUUAUUUUUAUUUGAACAAUAAUAGAUGACUUCUAUAGCAGCAAUACACCAUUUCGGUCAUGCAACCCUUUCAAAAGUGAUUCAGGACUCCUCUAUUUUUGUUAGACUGUUUACUUUAGUUUAUUUCUGCACUCCUGCUUAUAUAACAUACUAGGAGCUGUGGUAUUUUUAAUGUUAUUUUAUCUUAAAAUAAUUUAUUUUGAUUUAGAAAUGAUGUUUUAAUUAAUUAUUAGCUUCUUGCGAAUUCCAGAUAAGGAAACCCUAAUAUAGUACAAUCUAAAAGAUGAAGCAAAUCAUAAUAUCUCCCUUUUAAAAACAUCAGUGGAUGCAUUUCUAGGGAAAGUAAGACACAAUGCCGUUGCCGUGAUUGACAUCCAGCUGAAUUUGCAUUAACAUUUGUUUUUACUCCAUGUGAUCUGCAGUGUUUUAAAGACUCAUCUCAUCUCUUUUAGUAUUUUACAUGUUUGUGGUUCUCACUCGCCCUCCAGUUUGUCUUAACAUUUUGACAUUAUCCUGUGGAUUUUGUUGGCAGCAGGAUGUUUGAGUCGCUCUGUGAAGUUUGAGUUAAUUUCUUGGCAUUUUUGGAUGAUGCCAAAUGCUUAGUGUUCAGAUGUCUUGUAAAAAACAACAGCAACACACAUGUUUUUUUUCUUAUUGUAUCGGUGAAUUUAAUUGUCAUUCUGCUAAAUGUCAUUUUUUUUUACUGCUUAUUUUGUGCAGAAUUUUUGUGUUCAAUUGAUCGACUAUUGGACAUGUUUUCCUCAAUAAAAAAUACAAAAAGAAA